UUAAAUAAGAGGUUAGAAUUGACAACAAUUAAAUCAAAAGGUAUAAAAUUAACGCCUAAAGUAACUUGAGUAAAGUUAUCUAAAAAGAAAACUUAAAAAGACAUUUAAAAAUAGUAUGGGGAAACUUGAAAUUAAAGAAAAUUGCAAAUAUAGUGAAACAAAUAAAAAGUGAAAAGGAGCGUUUAUUAGUGCAACAGAAGUCUUCAAAAAUAAAUUAAAAGCUGUUACGUUAACGUAGGACCAACGUAAUUGUUCUGAUUUAAACCGCUUUUAAACAUUUAGUACGCUUAUUAUUUAAAAUUUCCUUAUCUUUCUGCGUUCCUAGUUUUUGAGGUUAGGUAAAGUUUAUUUUGUAUAAACAAAAGUAAAAAAAAAUGGAUAAGGAAAAUGGAAAUGCAAUAGACGUGGCCCAACCAGGAUGUUCAAGACCUGUUCAUAUACAACGACUUGAAAAGGCAUUAGAUUUAACAGCAUUUUUAAAUUCACAAGAUCAAUCAUAUGACACCAGUGAUGAAGAAGUGAUAGUUGUAGGUAGUGAUAGUGAUUCUGAAUCGGAUAGUAAUAAGACGUAUUUUACAGAUGAAGAUUGGCAUGGCGUCAUGCAUUUUUUAAAUGUUGAAAACUUAACAGAAGAAAGAGAAUGGAUACUGAAGGUGCUGGAUGAGGAAUCAGAUGAGGAUGAUGACAUUUUUGGACAGAUCUCUUUCGCUGCUAAAACUCGUAAACUACAUUCAUCAGUAGCACAUAAAAAACAGUUUCUAAAAAGCCAUGCUUACUAUAGCACAGGGUUGUUUUCAAUAAAUGAUAAAUAUCCAGAAAGUAAAAAGUUAGCUGUAAAACCAAUAAAAAGAAGAAUAGUAAAAGAAACUGUAAAACAUGAGUAUAUUGCACCCCCAGACAAUUUAGAUGAAGUUAUAGAAGGUAGUGGAGUGGACUAUAAUGGAGAGCCAUUGCCAGAUGUUCAAAAUUUUGAUGAAGAUUCUAAUAUAAACUCAGAUGCAGGAACUUAUAUUUCAUCUAGCCAAAAUAGUGGAAUUUUUAAUCCUGUUAAGAAAGCAGCCAGGAAAUUUAAAGAUGAAGAAUCAAAAAGGAAAUGGGAAGAAAUGAUGGCGUCAAAACGCAGAAAAGUGUUUGCAAAUAUGGUCAAAAAAGAAGUUGGUAAACAGCAAAGGUCAAAAUGUAAUCGUCACAAAGAAGUUAUUUUACAGUGUAAAAGGGUAGCUUUGCAGUGUCAGAAAGUUGUAAGGCAAAAAGCGCUUCAUUCGGCCAGAGUUGUAAAAGAACAACAAUGGAGAAUGAAAAGACUUUCUCGUGAAAAUCUUGCUUAUUGGAAGAGAUCAAAGAGAGUUGAUAGAGAAAUUCGGCGAAAACUGGAGAAAGAAGCAGAAGAACAACGAAAAAUGGAUUUUGAAUUGAUAGAGGCGAAGAGGCAACAACGUAAAUUGAAUUUUCUCAUAACCCAAACUGAAUUAUAUGCCCACUUCAUGUCUAAGAAGUUAGGGAAAGCUUCACCAGAAGAACAACUGCGGAUCUUAAGUCAACUAGAUGAAGAAAAGAACCCAAGGUUACUAAGUAUUGAUGACUAUGAUAGUGAAGCCAUGAAAGCAAAAGCAAAGAGAAAUGCUGAAGAAGCAUUUUUUAGUGAACGUCAACGCACCCGAAACUUUGAUGUAGAGGCAAAUUCGACUAUAGAGAACAAAAAGACUGACUCUACUGAAGGAGAGCAUCCACAACCGUUACUUUUUCGGGGAAGUCUGAAAGGCUAUCAAUUAAGAGGAAUGAAUUGGCUUGCAAAUUUGUAUGAUCAAGGCAUUAGCGGUAUUUUAGCAGAUGAAAUGGGACUUGGAAAAACUGUACAAAGCAUCGCCUUUCUUUGCCAUAUAGCUGAAAAAUAUUCUGUUUGGGGACCUUUUCUUAUUAUAUCUCCAGCCUCCACUUUGCAUAAUUGGCAACAGGAAAUCGCCAAGUUCGUUCCCGAUUUCAAUGUAGUGCCAUAUUGGGGCAAUCCUAAUGAAAGAAAAAUAUUACGACAAUUUUGGGACCAGAAAGAUAUGCACACAAAAGAGGCCAGUUUUCACAUUGUAGUAACAAGUUAUCAAAUUGUUAUAACUGACAUAAAAUACUUCAACAGAAUUAAGUGGCAGUAUAUGAUUUUAGAUGAAGCUCAAGCAAUUAAAAGCACUAACAGCAUGAGAUGGAAAACGCUUUUGGGGUUUAGCUGCCGAAAUCGUUUAUUACUUAGUGGUACUCCUAUUCAAAACAGUAUGGCAGAACUUUGGGCGCUUCUGCAUUUUAUUAUGCCAACACUUUUUGAUUCACAUGAAGAAUUUAAUGAAUGGUUUUCAAAAGACAUCGAGAGUCAUGCGGAAAAUAAAACAGGAAUAGACGAAAAACAUUUGUCUAGACUUCAUAUGAUUCUAAAGCCUUUUAUGUUGCGGCGAAUAAAAAAAGAUGUCGAAAAUGAAUUAUCAGAUAAAAUAGAAGUUAUGGUUUACUGCCCUUUGACAACUCGCCAAAAGCUACUUUACAUGGCACUAAAACAGAAAAUUCAAAUCGAGGAUCUUUUACAUUAUACAGUUGGGGGAGGGGAUUCUCAUGUAGUUGAUAAAAAUUUCACGUCUAAUCUAAUGAAUUUAGUAAUGCAGUUUAGAAAAGUUUGUAAUCAUCCAGAACUAUUUGAACGAAGAGAUGCUAAAUCUCCACUGUUUAUGUCACCCUGUGUGUAUCAAAUUCCUUACCAAGUUUACGAUUUUAACCCACGUCUAGAAAAAUUUUUGAUACUAAAAAAAUAUUUUCUAUUUACUCCGGAAUAUAUACACAAUGCUAUUACCGACGUUGGUUCCAUAUUCAAUUUCUGCAUUAGUUUGAAAAUGUCCGCACAGGAAUUGUAUUCUAUUUUCCAAGGAUGUAUUGUUCAAAGGUUGAAAAAUUAUUAUUCAACAGAACAAAGAAACUACAAUUUAUACUAUCGUGAUUAUUGGUCUAAAAAUGUAGAACAAAGCUUGAAUUUCAAUCCGUUUUUUAAAAUGACCCCUGCAUAUUUGGAUUCUAACGUAAAUUUAAAGAUGUUGGUAUUUACUUGGCAAAACACAAAGAGUAGAGUUGUUUAUGUACAUUCUACUCAUCACUAUUACUCGAUGCCUGAAACGCUUGAGCACAGGAAAAUUAGAUGCAAAGGAGCAACAGAAGAAAGUGAUCAAAUAAUAGAUGUCGUAAAUGAUGAAUUGAGAAGCGUGCCAUCUACUAAUUCUUCAAUUUCCAAAGAAUUUUCUUAUAGAGAACGAUCUCCCCAAGUAUUCAAUUGUCAAAGGACAGAGUUACCCUCAUUUCUAUUUUGUUAUCUUCCCAAGCUGGAAGUUUGUUCUGCAGUACUUUACUGNUUCGUAACUAAAUAUUGGAUCUUCUACUCUUUUUUACAUGAGUAA